AUGGGGAAUAGAAUUGCUGGUGGCAAGGACGCAAUGGAGCUUGGCAAUCCUUGGAUGGCUAUGGUUCUGGCCGCCAAGCCUUUGGGAUUCCUCUGUGGGGGAUCGCUGAUAACACCAUGGUUCGUGUUGACGGCGGCGCACUACUUAUCGGAUGAAAAACAGUACAUUGUGCGAUUGGGCGAGUACAAUCGAGACAUCUAUGACGACGAAGCCGUCGACUACGAUGUGAUCAAGUCCUUUACACAUGCCUACUUCAACAAGGACACCCACGAGAACGACAUCGCCAUGUUGCUCCUGGAACGGAGAGUGGUAUACACAGACUACAUCCAACCCAUCUGUGUGGUCCUGGACCCUGGACAGAAGCAAGCGGUGGACGCUGCUUCUUCCCUGAGAGCCGUUGGCUGGGGAGAGACUGGCCCUAAUAAUAAAACCAGUCGUAUCCUUCAGACUUUGACCAUGAAGCGCACCCAUGAACAGGACUGCGCCUUAAAAUACAACCGGACUCUGUCCCCCAGCCAGAUCUGCGUAACCGGUCGAGCACCAAACAGCCAAAUGUGCAACGGCGAUUCCGGUGGUCCGGUGGUCGGUGAGAUAGAAAACCCCUUGGAAGGGGGAUCAACGAAAUUCGUCCAAAUCGGUAUUAUUAGCUACAGCGAUCUCAUGUGCGAGCAUACAAACAUUGUUACGGACGUCAAUAGCCAUGGCGAUUGGAUCUAUAAGGUGGCAAUGAAGUAUACGCCUACCGAAAUAUAGGCCUCUCUAAUAGGUUUCGAGAAAGGGGUUCCAUAG